UCACAGACAACAACAACAAAAGCACCGACAACAACAACUGAAUCACCGACAACAACAACAACAACAACAACAACAACUGAAGCACCGACAACAACAGCAACAACAACUAAAGCACCGACAACUACCCAAAAUCCUACCACAGUAGAUCCACAACUUCUGAUAAAAUGUUUGAAUCACACCGAGUGUAGUAGUCAUGUUUGUCCGGCUGGUAAACACCCAUACUGUAACUUUGGUCAGCGCUCAACCGAUUGCCAGUGUACCGUUUGUACAGAUGACAGUCAUUGCUUUUGUCCUGCGGGACUAGUAGGAAAAUGUCAUUUUAACUAUUUCGACCGCAGCUAUUCCUGUGUUUGUGAAAUUGUACCAGACACAACAACACAACCCAAAGAAACAACAACAGUUAACCCAACAACAGCACAGCAUGAGACUACCACAACACAACAAACAACACUGGCAUUAGGCAUGAGGAGUUGUCACAUCUGUGGAGACAAUGACAACGGUAUACCGUGCGACACACGAUCCAUUUACACCGGCAAUCUUCAACAGUGUGGUCCAGGUGAAGAUUUCUGUAUGACGGACUUGAUACACAAUGGACAGCCGUUUCCUACUAUAUUCAAACGAUGUGUAACGGAGGAAGAGUGCCGGAACAAGUGGCUCCACCAAACAUCUGACCUUGAACACUGUACUAACUAUGGCAACGUCCUUGUAGAAGGUCACUACAGCUGUCACUUCUGUUGUACAUCGGACGGAUGUAACUCGAAUCAGAUUCCUGAGAAAUCCACACUAUACAUUAAAGCCUGAGCUUACCAGUAUAUUGAGUGUGAUGUCAACUUGGACACGAUUUGAGCUGAAAUUUUUCUUUGAGAAAGAAGAAAGAUAAAGAGGUUAGAAUGUUUUGUUUUGUAAACAAAGCUCGAGUUCUGUUGUUGUUUACAUAUGUGUGGUAUUCGUAUAAGUUUCAAUCUAAUAUUGUUUUUUGUUAUUGAUAAUUAUUUAGAAACACAUUGAAUCAGGUUAUCUUGUUUGUCAGAAAUUAUUUUGACAAAAAAUUAUAAUUUCUUUACUGUACAGUACUUUUAAACAAAUAUAAGACUCGAGCUUUGUUUACACAACAAGUGCUUCUUACCUCUGUAUCUUGAAUGUAGCAAGACAUCCAACUUUCAAACUUUGGUGAAUCAUUCAAGUUGCACAAAUAAACCAUUUUAUACAUAAAAAUUAAAAUUUUU